AUGUCGCGGCAGGAGGGCGGCACCGGUAAGAAACUACCUCCGACCCCGACCAAGCCGAGCAACGUGGUGAUCAGCCGUAAGCUCGCCUCUCUGCCCGCUACGCCGAGCAGACAACUGCCAAAGACCAGAACGCCCUCCGAGGAGAGCUAUUAUAAAUCCGAUUAUAACGAGGACUAUAAUUACGCUUAUCGUAGUCAGGACAAUCUGCCGCAGGACACAUAUACGGAGAACAUUUACAGUCAGCAGCAGAGUGGCCAGACCGACUCCGCUAACAAAACUCGAUAUCCUGAGAUAAAUCAAGAUAAUCAGUAUGAUUACACAACGCAGGUCGAUGGCCAGUAUGGUCAGUCGUAUCCAGAGCAACAUACGCAAAAUAGCUACGAGCAGCCAACGGCGUAUGCGCAACAGAACUCGUACAAGGACGAGUACCAACAACCUUACGCGCAGCAAAACACUCAGGCGUAUCAGGGAACGUAUCUGGACACGACAUAUCCAAUUGCUAGCCAGGCGAAUGAUCACCAGUACGCGAAUCAGGCGAAGAAUCAGUACGACAAGCCCGACGGUAUGGUAAUCGAGGAUAAUUUUCACGAGAUGGGCUUUAAUCAGAACAACGUUCAGUAUCAGCAGUCGGAUUACAAACAACAAGAUGUAUAUCAGGAGCAAUACGAUGAUUAUGCUACCGUACCGACGAGCGUUUACGAUCAAAAUAACGUCACGAACACCUAUAAUCAGUAUCAGCCGCAGCAAUAUGACUCUCAGUACAAUAUUAAUACGUCGACCGAUUAUCAGAAAACUUAUCAAGAGACAUAUAAUCAAGUGCCUGUUACAUCGCAGGAUAAUUAUCAAGAAUCCUAUACAAAGCAGCCGCAGGAAGAUUUCGUAGAUUAUCAAACGCCGUACAGUAAACAGAAUGACGUGCCUACGACGUAUAAAAAUAACUAUCAGGAAACUUAUCAAGAUUAUCAAGAAUCAUAUGAUGAAUAUCCAGAUUCGUAUCAAGGAUCUUUUGAGGAGCAGCGUUAUAAAAAUGAUUCAUCGACAGCGACGGACAGAAGACAGAGUGAAGUGCCUGAGUUAUCCGUGACCACGCCACGAGGUCAGACGAGAACGAAUGGUUAUCCAUCGAGUGAAUCAGAAUAUCUUUAUCAGUCUCAAGAGAACGAACUCGAGAACAGCUCGAGAAGAAAGAAAAUUGGCGGUAAGCGUGAGACGAGCCCGCUUCUCCAGCAGAAUACGGACUCGCUCGAGUCGAGGGACGACGAGCUGAAGGAUUCGUUCGAGACCGCCGUGAGUUCUGUCGGUAGCAAUCAACUUAAGAAAGCAUACAGCGAGUAUUCGACGGCGGGUGACUCGAGUCCCGCGCCCGUCACUUUGGUGGAGUCUCCUCAGAGCAUCGCUCAAUCACAGGCAACAACGAUGGUGAAUCAUGUGACGACCAAUCACGUGACCACCACCGCGAUGGUCCACACCACCACGAACAUCGUGAAUGGAAAACGACCAUUGGCCAGAACAGAUUCCUAUCAGGAGGAUGUUAUCGAGGAUGAAGACUAUCCGGAGAUUAUUCCCAAGGAAAUGCAAAGGAAGGAUUCGCAGCUGUCGCAUCAGAGUCAGCUUUCUCAAUCAACGCUCUCGCAGAAACCGAAACUCACGAGAGGGGACUCUUACGUCUCGGAUAACUACACCGAGGACUCUUAUAGUCAUACAGGAUCGUACGCUCAACUGCAAAGAAAGGAUUCCUUCUCGUCGACCACUGAAGGAUUCAAACCGCCUCUCACCAGGACUGAUUCGUAUCAGCAGAGAGAUCUACGAGGUAGCAAUUACGGGCAUAACUUUACCGCGCCACAGCCCAUUUCCAGAGCGGAGAGCUAUCAACGUGGUCACUUCAAGGAUCAGGAAUCGCUAGAUCAGAGCGAUAUCGUUCUGGGCAACGCGGUGAACGGUGACUAUCAAAUGCGGGACGAAUCUCUUGAGAGGUACGAACGAGAUGAGGAAGCCUUGCGUCGUAACUCUCGAGAGGAUUCACUGGUCGAUCAAUACAAAGGGACUCCGCCGUUGUCACAUAUCGAAAGCCCACGCGGGAGUAUAAUAAAGCAGGCGUCGUUGGAUGAAAGUGUUCAGAUGGACACUCCGCCGAGAAGUCCGCCAGAGCCACCAGUCGACGAGGAACUUCUCGGGAUGGUCGCACCGGUACCUACGCAACUGAAGGAACGCCCAGAGAUGACGGCGAGGCAGAGAUGGCAUUGGGCGUACAAUCAGAUCAUCAUGCAGCUAAACGUGAGUAUUAUAAUUUUGCCAAUUGCCGCGAUAAUUGUAUUGAUGCGACAUGCGACACUGCUGAUUGCGACAGAACAAGGUUUUAACGAAAACUAUACUUUGGUGCUGUGA